AUGAAAAAUUCAAACAAUGCUCAACCUUUGAUAAAUACAAAGCCCCCCGUGAGAGCAAUCGAUAGAAUGACAGAUAAUCUUCCACAAGAAGGUUUAAGUGGGAGGCAAAUAAUAUACGACGAAGAUGGGAAACCUUGUCGAUCAUGUAACACCCUACUUGAUUUCCAAUAUGUGACUGGCAAGAUAUCGAACGGCCUGAAGAACCUUUCAUCCAAUGAAACCCUAGCAAAUACGGCGGCUUCGACUAACACACCUUCAGAUUUAGUACCUGGCUCAAGAACAUACAGGAAAAUUGACCCUCCUGACGUAGGGCAACUAGGUCGGUCUUCAUGGACACUGUUGCAUUCUGUAGCUGCCAACUAUCCUGCUAAACCUACAGAUCAACAGAAGGGGGAAAUGAAACAGUUCUUGAAUAUAUUCUCACAUAUUUAUCCCUGCAACUGGUGUGCUAAAGACUUUGAAAAGUAUAUAAGAGAAAAUGCACCACGAGUUGGAUCAAGAGAAGAGCUUGGAAGGUGGAUGUGUGAAGCUCAUAAUAAAGUCAAUGUGAAAUUGAGAAAACCUAAAUUUGACUGUGAUUUCUGGGAAAAAAGAUGGAAGGACGGCUGGGACGAAUAA